ACCGCUUCUUCGUGUAGUCAUUCAGACAGCCAGCAUCAUUUCAAACUCUUGUUCUGCUUACCUUCUCCAUCGCAUCACCGGUUAUUUUGCAUCAGUUAUUUCAUGAUUUUUCAGAGCAGAGCUGGACCUUCUGAGCCUGGAGACGAUAUGAGGUUAGAACAUCGCUUCUGGACCACAGAUCUGGAGUUAUUUCAGGCUCUGGAGAGGGAAAGUGUCCUGGAGGUUCUGAGAAGAGAUAAAGCGCUGAGAUCCAUUGAAGCCGAGAGAAUCAGGAGGUUAAAAACAGAACUGCAGAAUAUCUGUGGGCAGGGCACCAGGAGCUUCGCUCGCCCGUACGGUCAGAGGUCGUGUGCGAGAUGUCAGCGGGUUUUAGGACAGUUUUGGGACUGUGGAUAUGUGUGCUGUGGAUGCAGUCACCGCAUCUGCGACAAGUGUCGGGUCGUCCGGUCAGCGCAGGACUGGAAGUGCACCGUGUGUCACGCAUACAGGGAAUUUAAGAUCAAAUCUGGUGAAUGGUUUAUGGAACAGCAAGCAAAGAAAUUCCCUGAAGAAAACAGACACGAGACAACCGGAGACAAACUAUUACAGUCUUAUCAACAGUUCAGUUGCAUUAGAGUUGUGCCUCCAACUCCUCCGCCCUUUUAUGAAGCUCCUGUGAGAAACUCAUUUCACAGACUGGAGGACCACAAAACAUCCAAGCCCUUUACUAAAUCAAUGGGAAACCUGAUGGCGUCUGUCAGCACUCACAUAAAAAAACUCUCCAAAUCCCAGAAUGAUUUGAGUAUGGAAGCAGGUAACCUGACUGUGGUUCAUGCACUGACGCGAAACCCCGGCUGGAAGAGCCAAUCGGAGGGCGCCAUUGAUAAAGCUUCUAAUCUGUGCAAAGUUCCAAGUUUACCCACCCUGUCCCAGAAGAUGUCCAGUGGCACAGAUCAGAGCGGGUCAGCGAGCCUUACAGAUGACAAUGUGUCACACACAUCUGAAUACAGCGAUGAGCAGCGGGAAAGCAACAGCAGCACGAAUAUGGAUUUUGGGACUUUUGAAAACACAAGUAGUGUGUCUGGAGAAAUACAGGUUGCCAUCGGUUACAAGACGUCCUGUUUGGAGAUAACUGUCAAAGCCUGCAAAAAUCUGAUGUAUGGAGAUAUGAAAAAGAGGAAGUGUCAUCCGUAUGUGAACAUCUGCUUGCUCCCGAAGAAAAAUCUGACUCAAAAUAUGAAAACGACAGUCAAGACUGGAAAUAACCCAGUUUACGACGAAACGUUCAAGUGUGUUGUUGCUCGUGAGCAGCUGGUCACCUGUGUUCUUCACAUCUCAGUUUGGCACACCAGAGGACUCAAGAAGAAAGUGUUUCUGGGUGAGACGUUCAUCCGUCUGGAGAACACAGAUCAUCUGAACUCUGUCUGGUACACACUCACUCCAAAGCAGGAUCAUCCACUGGGGGGUGAUGUCGAUCUCUACACAUCACAGCUGAUACUUAAAGUCAAGUUCCUGCCACAGACUGACCCACAUACUGAUGGCACUUUAAUGGGAACACACGGGCAGCUCAUCGUUCUCAUCUGUGAUGUUUCAAAGCUGCACUCCAUGUCAAAAACUGCUUACAUUGAGGGAAUCCUUUGUCUUUCUGGAGACAGAGUGCUUGUCCAGAGAUCUCCAGCACUAAAGAAGACAGCCGUUACAAUGCAGAUGAACUUCAGCAGACUGACGCCUCAAGAUCUCCAGCAGGCCACAUUACUGUUCAGUCUGUGGGAGAGAGGCAGCUUGAGGCACGGCAAGCGUUUACUGAGAUCAGCACAACUGUGUGCAGGAUCGUCAUGGCAACAGCUGCACCAGAUGCCAGGUGUGUGGAAUGACUACAUUCUCCCGCUACAUGAAGAGACAUCAUAACACAAAGUCUCAGAUACAGAUGUGUUUAAAUAUACUCAAUAAUAUCCUGAUGCCCGUUUCAUCAAUCAACCAAUUUUUUUUAUUUUUAAUGACAUAUU